AUGACAGCUCAAUGGCACAUUUGGGAACUUCCUAACAACGACGUACGAGGUCCUUUCAAUGCGCGUGCGUUGACCACGCCUGACGACGAAUAUGCGGCAGCAGCGAUACGAAAAUAUCUUUCUUUGGACGACACUGGAGUGCCUCUCGUCCGAUCAGCCUUACCACCGCAGAUACCUGACGAACCUGAAGGCAAUUGGGAAGUCGUUGACUACGUAGACAUUGCCAACAAACAACCCGCUUGA